AUGUAUAUCAUUUCCAACCAAGGAAAUAACUAUUUGAAUAUGGAAGAAAAAGUUGGACAUGCAAACGAUCUACUAAUGGAAGACCUAAAUGCAACAAAACACGAACGUAGUAAUAUUACUGAUAAGUUAAAUGAUAAACAACUUACAGAUCUUUAUAAAGCAAAGACAGAAGAAAACGGCUCAAUCGGUUCACAACUUCCACUCGGAGACAAUGGUACAGUUGGUGCAAUAGAUCUGAAUGAAUACAAAGGUGCUGUUGGGGAAAAGGGUUCGAAGGGCGAUAUGGGCAUGUCUGGUAUAGAUGGCACAAGAGGAGAAUCGGGCUUAAAAGGUGAACCAUUGCUAACAUACAAUGGACUAAAAGGAGAAAAAGGAGGACAAGGUGAAAAGAGAAGACGAGGGGAAUCAGAUCCAGAAGAUAACGGCUCAAUCGGUUCACAACUUCCACUGGGAGACAAUGGUACAGUUGGUGCAAUAGAUCCGAAUAGAUACAAAGGUGCAGUUGGGGAAAAGGGUUCCAAAGGCGAUAUGGGCAGGCCUGGUCUAGAUGGCACAAGAGGAGAAUCGGGCUUAAAAGGAGCACAUGGACUAAAAGGAGAAAAAGGAGGACAAGGUGAAAAGAGAAGACGAGGGGAAUCAGAUCCAGAAGAUAACGGCUCAAUCGGUUCACAACUUCCACUGGGAGACAAUGGUACAGUUGGUGCAAUAGAUCCGAAUAGAUAUAAAGGUGCAGUUGGGGAAAAGGGUUCCAAAGGCGAUAUGGGCAGGCCUGGUCUAGAUGGUGUUAAUGGAAGAAAAGGAGAACCGGGCUUAACAUUUAAACCAUUGAACUGUUCGUAUGGAUGGGUAGAGUUUAUGAGCAGUUGUUAUUACUUUGAACUUAGUAACGACAAAACAUGGAGUGCGGCAAAGGAUGACUGUCGUAGAAAAGGAGGAUUUCUUGUAAAAGUUGACGAUGCCAUUGAAAAUUGGUUCUUGAAAUCCUUUAUGAGUCACACAAACAGUUUUGCAUCAGUUUGGAUUGGAGCAAACGAUAUUAACCGAGAUUACAAUUUUGUUUGGGACUUCGACAAAUCAGAGCUUACGUAUACAGACUGGUCAGUUGGAGAACCUAAUAAUAAAUACAACUCGGAGGAUUGUGUACAGAUGCGUGAAUCGGUUAACUACGCAUGGAAUGAUUCUGAAUGUUCAAAAGCAGAAUCAUAUAUUUGUGAGAAAUUAUGAAAUGCACAAUGCGCUACAAAAAUUUGUUUCAUGUAUCAUAUCACUAGUGUGUCAGUUAUUUUCAUUAUUACAGAAUAGAUAAUAGUGGUACAUCAUGAAUACAAAAGUGCGUUUUUUUGUUAACUCUUUUGAAAAGCACCAAAUUUAAAGUUUGGAGGCAAAAUGAAAUUCAAAAGACUGUUGUUCGUGCACACAUGGUCUCAAAUAUUGUGGAUUCAUUCAUUUUCGUAGGUAUCAAUUUUUAUGGAUUGAAGAAAACUAAAAAAAAUUGUUGAUGUGUAACUUCAUUAUUUUCUCAAAGUCUGAAUAUGUCAUUCCUUAGAUAUUUGAACUUGCGUUUCUGUUGUUUAAUCAGCGAAAAGAAGUAUCCAGCGAAAUACAAUUUUACAUGUAUAAAACACCUUAUAAUCACAGAAAAACUGGGUAGCUCAUAUGUACAUUACGUCAGUCACGAAAUAGAGACUUUUGAAAAUCAAACAGAAAAUUCAACCAAAGCUGUCAACCGGAUGUGGAUUUAUACAAAUUAAUUAUCGAAUAUUUAAUUGAGACUUAUCAUCGAAUUAGCAUAAAGAAUUAAUUUAGCCACAUUAAUGAAGCAGUAUAUCCUUAUCAUUUUGGCUCUCCUGGUGUCAUACUAAUGUAGAAUAAUGUUGCUCAAUCGUAUAUUUUCUUUGUGAUGUUUUGUAAACGUGACAUUUUUUCGUUGCCUCUAAUUUUUCUAUAUAUAUGGGUUUUUUUGCCAUGUAUUCCUCAAAAUUUUCUAUUCAAAAGGGUAUCUACUUUUCAAUAAAUAAUGAAAACUCUGCGUUCCUUGAAACUAAAUGUAACCAAAUGUGAUCCUCAAUAUGCCAAACUAAUAAACAACAAAAUUCAAAAUUCAAUUCUACCAAUUUAUCCGAAUACCGUACCUGAUUACAAUUUUUUUCACUAUCAAAAGUGUAUCAUAAACAAACGGCAUAAACACACGCUUAAACCCUUUGCCUACAUUUUUCCGUUGCUCUAAAAAAAUGAAUAUGAAGAUAUUUUUGAAACAUGGGUUUACAUUUUAGUCGA